AUGGGCACUGCCAUCAACAUGUUCCAAAGCAGACAGUCGGACGGCAGCAAGAACCCGGGCAUCUCCGCCCCGGAGGACGACUUCGAGUUCGUCGAGACUCCCGCUGCUCCCUCGCCAGCGCCAGAAUCGCAAAACUAUGGCGUGCGGACAACUUCGUACCCGGCAAUCAAGAACGCCCCUCUCCCCGCCGACGGCCCAGCGAGCGACACAUUCAACAACCUCUUCCUCUUCACCCUCCUAGCAACCAUCCCCGCCUACUUCUCCUGGCAAGUCGGCGGUGGCCUCUUCACAUGGAUCUUCUUCGCCAUCCUCACCGCCGUCCCCAUCCUCAUGGCCUUCUGGACCGUCGCGUCGUCUAUGAGUCCUCGCCUGAACGAGAAGGCCCGCUACCCAGGUGCACCUAUCGAGCACUACCUCGACUUCAAGAGCGAUGAGGACAGGAGAAGGUACAGAGGCAAGAACAAGAUUCCCAUGGAAACCUUUCACGAGAUGUACUUUGACGAGAAGGUGGACUUCAAGGGUGAUUGUCUGGAGGUUAUGGAGUACAGACACGACUGGGCCAACUUCCGAUUCACUCUGUCGCUGUUCUGGUUCUUCUUGACUGGUAUGAUGCCUGAGGUGAUUCUUCACUCCCGCUCGCAGGAUGAGGAGCAGGUUCGCGACCACUACGAUCGUGGUGAUGACUUCUAUGGAUGGUUCUUGGGUCCGCGUAUGAUCUACACCUCCGGAAUCAUCUCAGACAUCAACAAGGAAGAGACUCUCGAGCAGCUGCAGGACAACAAGCUCUCCAUCGUGUGCGAGAAAAUCGGUCUCAAGAAGGGCGAGAGCAUGCUCGAUAUUGGCUGCGGCUGGGGCACCCUCGCCAAGUUCGCAUCUGUCAACUACGGCGCAGAAGCUACUGGUGUCACCCUUGGUCGCAACCAGACUGCCUGGGGCAACAGUGGUCUCCGCAAAGCCGGCAUCCCCGAAGAGCAGAGCCGCAUCUUGUGCAUGGAUUACCGCGACAUCCCUGUCCCAUCCGGUGGCUACAACAAAAUCACCUGCCUCGAAAUGGCCGAGCACGUCGGUGUCCGCUACUUCAGCACCUUCCUCAGCCAGGUCCACAACAUGCUCGACGACGACGGUGUCUUCUUCCUGCAAAUCGCUGGUCUGCGCAAGAGCUGGCAGUACGAGGACCUGAUCUGGGGCUUGUUCAUGAACAAGUACAUCUUCCCCGGCGCUGACGCAUCAACACCACUUGGUUUCUUCGUCGACAAGCUCGAGGGCGCAGGCUUCGAAGUCAAGGCUGUCGAUACCAUUGGCGUGCACUACUCGGCAACUCUCUGGAGAUGGUACCGCAACUGGCUCGCCAACAAGGAUAAGAUUAUCCCCAAGUAUGGCGUGAGAUGGUACAGAAUCUGGGAAUUCUUCCUCGCUUACAGCACUAUCAUCUCCCGUCAAGGUAGCGCGACUUGCUACCAGCUCACUCUGGUCAAGAACAUCAACUCUACCCACCGCAUUGAGGGCGUGCCGAACCAACAUGGUCUGCAUGGUGCGCUUGACGCGAGCAAGGCUGCAGGCAAGUCGAGCUUUCCAUCGACCAAGUAG